AUGACACGACUUGUCUUGACAAUUUUCAUUCUCACCGUCGUUGUUGCCAUUUUCACCCCAACAACGACUGUAACGGCCGAUGAACGAGUAGUCGUCCAACAAAACCAAAACCUCGGACCCUCUCAAUACCUCUACUCCUCCCUUCCUUGUUCAUACGGAUUAUACAACAUCACAGUCAAUGGAUAUUCCUACUCCUCGCCAUACACCUACCUCUAUCUGUAUCGAACUACGUCCUAUUCAGGUGAUCCAAGAAGUAGUGGUACUCGCAUCACUUACUUUACUGAAGAUGAAAUUACAGAUACAAGUAAUAAUUAUUAUUAUGCUCUUUACAAUGCUGGAUCUACAAGUAUUACCAUCAAUAGCUUUACGGUUACUCAAACCUUGAAAACCAGAACUACAAUGACUUAUGAAAGUGGUACCAUUCCGGUUGGACAAGUCAAAUUAUUUCAAUGUACCAAUUGUCUAUAUUCUUCGGAUUAUUAUGUGAAAAUGCAAAUUAGAAAACAAUUGAGCUCGAAUUCUAAUUUCUAUGUAGAUGUUGCCUUUUCAACCAAAUACCCAUCCAAUCCGUCAUCAUUGUAUAGCUAUGAUUUUCAAUCACAAAAUUUAUAUGUCACUAGUAGUACAACUUACACCUCCACUCCAGAAAGAUAUGUUGGAUCUUCGACAAGUUCUUCACGUCCUCUUUAUGUUUAUGUGAAAUGUCGCGAUCUCAAUACCCAACCUUGUAGUUUCGAAUUGAGCGAAUCAAGUUCCUAUUCCAGUUCUUCCAAUAAUAAUUCUUCAAGUUCUUCCGGAUCUCUCACUUGGAUUAUUGGUCCCAUUGUUGGUGGUGUUGUCUUUAUUGUCAUUUUCGCCAUUACCAUUCCACUUUCCCUCUUGGCACGUCGAAGAAGACUCUACAUGUUGAGAAUGAGAGGUGGAACUGCUGCUACGGUUGUAGCCAUGGCUGCCAUGGAAGAACGAAAUUCGACCACCUAUGUUCCUCCUCCAUCCAGCACCAUGCCACCUUCUGUCACGACCACCUAUGUAUCUCCACAACCUUCCAUGACAACCUAUGUCCAACAACCACCCAUGCAACAACCCAUGAUUCAACCCGGUGUGGUAGUACCAUCAGGAACUGCUUCGAGUAGUUAUUAUCCACCUCAACAACCUGGAAUGUAUUAUCAACCACCACCACCACUACCACCAACCACAUCCAUGGUACAACCGAACCCUAUGGUUCAACCACCACUACCAUCAGGAGUGUAUUAUCAACCACCACCAUCGUAUGGAAAUGCAGAUGUACAAUAUACAAGCAAUGGAGGUGGAAUUUAUAUUCCUCCUCCUUCACAACCACAGUAUGAACCCAUGCCAGCAUUUAAUCCAAAUGCCGAUAAGGUGUAA